UUAUUUAGAGAACCAGACCAAACCUAGCAAAGGGUUAGUGAGAACCGAUAUUUCUCUGUUAGCGGUUAUGCCGGUUCCUGCUCUGUUUUUAUGCCAGCUCAAAAGACGCGUUUGAUUGGACAAGGCAAGGCAAGGCAAGGCAAUCUAGGGUUUUACAAGUGGAGAUGAGAAGAGGGACAAAGAUCUAACAAGACAGAGAGAGAGAGAGAGAGAAUCAGGAUUUAUUUAUCCUGGUGUUCUUCGUUUGGAUUUGGGGUGAGAUGGGAUCUAAGAGGAUGAGGCUCCAAACGUCGCCGAUGUCUGAAAUGGACGAUACGGAUGAAAUGCACGAGGCGUUGUUCGCGAAGAGAGGGUGUUGUUUCCUGAUGCCCUGCCUUGCCUCCUCUCGUGGCAGAUCCGUGUGGUGGCAACGGAUCAGGACAGGCGAUAGGCUCGAGCCUGAGAAAAGGUGGUGGAUUCGAGGGUGGAGGAAAGCGAGGCAGUGGUCGGAGGUCGUAGGAUGGAAGACAUAUAUACGCAGAUUGGGACGGAACCACUGCUGCUGUGGCUGUAGUGGAGGAGGAAAGAGUGAGGGUGGAGGGUGCGUAGCAAUCAGUCCUAACCGGUCAGAACAGGGUAAAUUCCGGUACGAUCCAUUGAGCUACUCUUUAAAUUUCGACGAUGGAAAGCAAACGGGACAAUUUGAAGACGAGUUUCCAUACCGGUAUUACUCGAAGAGAUUCGCAUUGCCGGUCUCCACUAAGUGUCCCAUGGAUUUCGAUAGCGAGAGAGGGGCGUAGUUGCUUCAUAAGUGAGAAUCACGGGAUCCUUCUCUUUCUUAUCGCAGCCAGCACCCGAGUCAGCGUGCGUGUGUGUGGAAUAAAAGAGUUAGAUUUGUUCGUGUGUUCUCUUCUUGAAGAUUAAAAUAUUGUUUCUGUAGUAGUUCAUGUGCAAUGUCUUUUUCUUCUAAACAACAAAAAAAAAAAGAGAGAAAGAGAACUCGUCAGUAGUAGAAUCAGGGGGGUCCUGAGCAUAGCGAGGUGAAACAUCCGCUUAGGGCCCCCAAUUUUUUUACAAAAAUUAGUAUGGAAAAAGGCCUCCGAUUUGCAAAUUUUUUUUUUUUGAAAAUUCUUUACUAAAUUGUUUAGGGUCUCCACCAUAUCAGGGACGCCCCUGAGUAGAAUAGUUGCCAAUGAAAUGAAAUAAAAUAUCGCUUCAUAAGUGUGGUGAUGAUUGCAUUCGCUCCUUGUCUUUAACCUAUUAGAUCUGAUCGAGAUCUGUUCUUUAGUAAGCUUCAAGCAGGCGUUUCAAGUCAGUCAUCCCUUCGACUCCGCCGUCUCCGGUUUGUAGACAGGAAAAUAAAUUGUUCCGUUGAUCUCCCGGAUCUUACUGCUUUGAACUUUCAAUUGUUUGGGCCAUUCUCUAUAGGAGGUUUCUUUUCUCGGUGGUUUGAUCAAGUUUGUCUCCAUCGUCUUUCCAAAGUUCUCUUUUAAGUCCACAUGCAAUUUGUUCUAUUUCUAUUCUGGAUCUGUUUGUAAUUGUUCUAGAUAUCUCAGUUGUAAGUUUGUGUUGUAUCUAUCUUCGGCUGGUUUUUAUGUUUCAUAUUGUUUCCCUCUUGUGGGCUUCUCUUUCCGGGGAGGUUGUUUUACUCCGUCGGACUGUAAUUCCGGGAUUACUUGUAAUUGCCGGCCUAGUUGUAACAAUGGGUUUGAAGUUAA